UAGCUAAUUCAGUUUCAAGGAGCAGCUCCUGAAUACAACAUACAAAAAACCUAAAAUAAAUUAAAUUAGUCUAGAGUUUUUCUUUUGAUCAUGGCAAAUAAUAAUAGAAGCGAAACACAGUCCUGCCAAAUCAGCGUCGUGUUUGUUACAGGCAGUGCGCCAUUCAACUUCCUGCGAGAGUACCGGCACGCCUGUGUGGACUAUAAUAUGACGCCUCAGGAGCUUCUUAGCGAGGCCUCCAGGGCCUGGCAGGCCCUCCCUACCGACGAGAAGUGCCUCUUCGAGGAGAACGAGUACUUGCUGGCCCGCAUCGUUGAGAAGGGGCUGCCUUGCCCGGCCCGUGAUCUGAACUCAUGCGGAUGCGUCGAGCCUAAGCCAGCGCCUAAGCCCGAAGCCAGAGCCAAAGCCAAGACCAAGCGCGGGCGUGCCAGGAAGACCGCCGUUAAUGGAGCCAAGCCGAAAGCGUGGCUUCAUCUGAAGCUGCGCAAAAGCGGCAGCUCUUCGGAUUCUUCUUUCUGUUAGUUUCUUUGACGUGCUUUGCGACGGCAGCCCCCCGCCUAGUGUUGAUAGCUAUAGAGAAAUACAAUUUAAUGUUUUAUAACCUCAUCAAUAACUAUAAUUC